AUGGCAUUCAGACCAACUCAAUCCCGCGCCUUCUUCCGCACCCUCCGCACUUUGAUCCGAGAAGAACACCCCUUCGCCCGCAACACCGCUACACUUCUCCCUCACGCCCAUGACAAUUCACUACUUGUCCGUCGUACCUUCCGCACUGCAGCUACAUUUACACCUUUCCUUGCUGUUGUGUUAGGAUGGCCAUUCAUGGCAGCUUCGUUGCUCAAGAAGACUGGUAUCUGA